AUGACGCCAUCUUUCGCUGGUGUAGGAAUCCGAUGCUCUGGACAUGACAUGUUACUUGCAUGGCCGUCGAAGCCGAGCCCCUCCCAUGUUCCAUAUAUUGGUUUGGUUUGGUUUGGGGUGAUGGUCUGCUAUGCAUUGUUUGUCAUUGUCGACAUGCUGGAGACAUGA